GUGAAGGGAGGGUGAGGUGAAGAAGCAUGGAGGCAACCGAGAUGACAUAGCCUAACAGCCUAGUCGGCAUACCACAUUGCUUAGCUCGUUCUGCAGCUUAGAGGAUCAGGAAAUACACUCGGCGUCCGAAAAGGGUAACCUGGGAGUGGGAUACAAGGGCAGGAGGAGAAAAAGGGAGGGCUGCUGCACCACGCUCGUCCUCAUCACAGAACUGCAGGCCCGCGACGGGUGCGUGCUUAUCGACGGCACCACCACAUCACACCUGCGUGUUUAUUGAUAUCCCACUGCCGGCGGGGGUGUCACGUCGGGGUUGAGCUGGGCGACUGGCACACUGAGCACGCUGGGGCUGGGUCCAUGGCAUGGUUACCCAAAGGUAUAAUGUCUCGAAUGUUUGCCUGACAGGCGCACAAACGCUGGGCUCAUCUUCUCCGUCCGAUCGAGGAGGGCAGCUGCUUCUCGGCUGCGUGUCCUUCCUUCCUUCCUUCUUCUUUGGCGUCUUCUUUCCUCCCCACCCUCCGCGCCAUCAGAAAGCUUGAAUGCAGCAUCGUGCUUUCUCUGAAGCUUCGUUGGUUCGCCUUCCCGAUCCACCCCCAAAUACCGCCUGCACUUGGGCGCAAGUGCUGCUUGGUUGGCCGACAUCUGGCAGCCGCCGUUUGCCCAACCCCGAUACGUAUCUUGCGUGUUUGCAAGGUGCUACAUUCGUCACACCCAAGUGCCAAUGAUCUGGCAUCCAGGACGCUGAGGUUCUAGCCUCAUCCUGAGAUAAGUCCGUGUCCCAGGCUAUCUGCUGGCUGCCUUUCCCACUCGUUCGCGACACGUGGAGGUGCCGACCAAGACACCAGGAUAUGCCGAGCACCCACCUAGUUCUCUCCACCCGGAUAUACGAAGAGAAAGCACGAGUUCUAUGGGAAACGUCGAAGACUGGGAAGUAAAAGCAAAAGCAAACGGAUAACAAAGACAAGCACAAGAAAAAGAAAUAAGAGAAACACAGGGAGUGGGAGUAAUGGCUUUGGCAACAGCUCCCGGGCUUGGGGGCCUGAUCCCGGUACCAGCGUUAGCGGCAGGAGUGGACCCCUACGCAAUGUUUCCUCGGUGCCGCACGCCUCCCAGUACAGCUCCCGCAGCAGCCCCCAGUCUGGAUCCCGCGCCGGCUAGCGCCGCCGCCACCCCGGAUUUAGCCGCCCGGGCCACACCUGGGUCUCCUCCGACUCUGCCGCCCCCACACAAGCAGCGGCCCGCGGCACGCAGCAACGACGAAAAUAGCGGCGGCUGCCGACGUCAGAGCCGAGGCAGCCCCAGCCCGCGCCCCCUCGGCAGUCGCAAGAGGCGGUGCAGGACGUCACUCCGAGGGUCGGGCCCUGGGCGUGGCAGCACUCGAUUUGCCGCCGAGGGCACGGCAGCGGACGAGGGUGACAGCCUGGACGGCAAAGACAACACCGGGCCGCCUCUGAGCGUUGAUAAUGCCACAGGUUCAGUGAGAGAGUACCGCGAGCUUGUCUCGACGCCAGAACAUGUCACAAGGGUGUCGUUCCUGCGUUGGCGAACCCGCGACUCGUGGUUCUGCUUCCCCGGAGAGAUCAGGAACCAGAUCUACGAGGAGCUGCUGCUGCCGCCGUCAUCGUACGACAUGUACGCCGGCUACUACGGAGACAUGAAGGCCGGCCGUCGGGGCGACGCCGACGUCGCCGCCGCCGCCACCGGACGGGGAGAGCAAGUCCACGAGCCCGGCAGCAUCCGCCUGCAGACGCCCGGAAUCCUCCUCGUCUGCCGCGCCAUCACGGGCGAGUGCACGCCGAUUCUGCGCGCGCGCACCCUCGUCGUCGACCGCGUCCCGCCCUGGCCCCCCGGCUCGCCCGCGCCGCUGCCCGUGUCACGCUUCAUCGGCCACACGACGCUGCGGCGCUUGCACACGCUCGAGCUCCGCGUCGAGCUGGGCCGCGGCGCCAUGGGCAGCGGCUGGGUCUGGAACCCGCUGGUGCGCGACCUCCUGGCCGUGCUGUGCGGCGGCGCCGGCAACGAGCUGCGCCGGCUCCGCGUCGUCGUCAAGCUGUUCCGCCUCGGCUGCGUCCCCGCCUACACGGCCGGCGGCGAGGGCGCCGAGUGGGAUAGGCUGUUUGCCCACCUCGAGUGGUUCCGCGCCGCCAACCCCAUGAUCUGGAGCCCGCCCACCGUCGAGGUCGAGUUCUGGGCCGUCGGCGCCGCCGACGUCGUCGCACUCGAGCCCUUCCCCGCGCCGCCGCCGUCGUCAUUGCCCGCGGGCCCGCGGGGGCUCCCGCGGAGCCUGCAGGAACUGGACGUGUGCUUGCGGCCCUGGCAGUUCCGGUACGCGCGCGCCCGCAGGAUCGGCGACGCCACCGACUGCGCCCUGGUUCCGGGCUCCGUCACCGAGUUCCUCGCCGAGGACCCUCGGGACAGGGACGUGGUUGGGAAUCACGGGGUGCAAGGUUCUGGUCAAGAUGACGAGGACGAGGACGAAGAUGAAGGUGAGGAUGACGAGGACGACGAUAACGGAUACGAUAUGGAUUAAGAUGAUGCCGCGGACGAGGCUUGAGACGAGGGGAUAAUGGAAACGAUAUACUAGAAAAGUUGGCGAGCGCAGAUUUCUGAACAGCAUUCUAGGUACGGGCUGAGAAUCACUGGUGGUAGAGGAAAUGUGUCGAUGCUUGAUAUUCAUAGUCUCGUCACAAAAGAAUACACAUGGGGUGGACAUGCCUCCCAAGUUCUUCCCGG